ACACUCGGACGAAGCCGUUCAUACAUUGACUAGCUAUUUUACACAAGCCUUUAAGUAUUAAUCACAAUUGGCAGACCCAGCGGUGUAUCUCCGAGUCCUUCUGAUCAUUAUCAAAGACGAUCUGCGCCUGUUAUGGGAGUGGUCUUCGUAUGCGCGCAAAUUCCUUCACUACUACUAAACCCGUCUUCGGACGCGAUUCUUAUUGAUGUACACCAUGCCCGGAUACUAUAUAAGUGCCGUGAUGUCCCUGUAGCAUUCACUGACUCCCCCGAUGUCGCACCUUAUCCUGGAUUCGAUAGAUGAAGCUCCUGCCAGUCUGAGCAUCGAGGCAACCCUCGGAGCCGUUUAUAUUGGGGCUACUAUAGCUGCUGUUUUCUACGGAAUAACUAUCCUGCAGACUAUUGUCUAUUACAAGCAAAAUCCUAAUGAUCCAUGGCUCUUUCGAUAUGGUGUCGUCUCUCUAUGGAUUCUCGAUACACUUCAAGUGGCCUUAAGCACCCAUGCGCUUUAUUUCUAUCUCAUCAAAUCGUUUGGAAAUUAUUUCGCGCUGUUGAGGGUUAUCUGGAGCUUCCCGCUUCAGUUCUUGGCAAAUAUGCUGAUUGUCUGUGGAGUCCAAGCAUUAUAUGCUGUCAGAAUAUGGAAACUCGGCCGGCAUUUCCAUAUGGUCUUGCCGUGGUUCAUAUUCCUCGCAGUUGCAGCCACAUUUGGCACCGGACUCUAUGUGAUGUAUGAUACAUACACCUUGACAAGUUUUACUACUCUAGAAAUUGCGACUAUCAGGACAUCUAUAUAUGCUGUCUUCUCUACCAUGGCCGGAGCUGAUUUCGUUAUUGCCGGCACAAUGUGCUUCUACCUGCACAAAGGCAGAUCCAUGACUAGCUUCUCCAGUACGAUCAAGAUAAUCGGAGGAUUAAUGCGGCUCGUGGUGAUCUCGGGCGUUUUGACAAGUACAUUGCCUGGCCCGAUACUCUUGCUUUCGCGGCAGUUGACUUGGUUUUGCCAAAGCUUUACAUAAAUUCGCUCCUCGCAAUGCUCAAUUCUCGCCAGAGCUCAAUGUGGUCAGGAGCAAAGGGACGGCACGUUCACCGAAAGAUGAUCAGAUUCGCGCCUCACGACACCGAAAGCGGCGCAGUCGAUUC